ACAGCACACUGCAUACAGUGUGCACUGUGCAGAGGUAAGUUAAACAACAACAACAGCAGGCAGGCUUGAGUUCAUGAAAAACACAAGCUGUCUGAAAAAAAACUCUUAAAAGAACCAAAAACAAAACCUUAAAUAAAAUAAACUCAGACCAGGUUCAGAAAAUUCUUGCAAAAUUGGUAAAAUCCUUAACCGGCAAUUUUUUUAUUACAAUUCUCAAUGACUCGCAGCACGGUUCUUCUUCUGCUAUUACAUAUUAUUAGCUUGUUUUUCUGGGCAUAAAACCUGGGGGGUUUAUUAGUAUUGUUGAAUCUGUAAUGCCCAACUAGCUAUUUGAUGGAUAAUAACCCGCAAUCAGUUUCCGCGAAUGGCGAGGAGAAUGUCGGAAUUCCGGAUGAUUUACGUUGUAAGAGGUCGGAUGGGAAACAGUGGAGAUGCACUGCCAUGUCUAUGCCUGAUAAAACUGUGUGUGAGAAACAUUAUAUCCAGGCGAAAAGGAGAGCAGCUAAUUCUGCUUUACGAGCUAGUUUAAAGAAGGCGAAAAGGAAAUCGUUGGGAGAAACUGAUAUAUACUUGGAGAGUAAGAAUGAGGAGUUUGAUACCGCAAUCACGAGUAUGAAGAUUGAGGAUUAUUCGCCUCCAAUGUCGACGAAAAAGUAUAAAGAGACAUCGAAAAAUCUGGCUCAGUAUUCUCCUGAAACGCCUGUGAGGAGUUCGUCUAUGCGCAAUUCUCUAAGACCAAACGAGGAUGAUUUGCAAAGAGAUGUAGAGUUUGAAGAGACUUGGAAGUCUUACAAAACACCACCUCUUUCGGCAAUAGAUUCGUCCUGGAGUAGAUCCCAAAGGAGCUUUGAUGCCAGUGCUAUGACGGAACACUCUGAUGGAAGUACAAAUUCUACCAAAGAUGCUGGUGGGGAAAUUUGUCAUCAGUGUCGAAGAAUUGAUAGGAUGAGAGUGUUUUGGUGCCGCAGAUGUGAUAGAAGAGGCUUUUGUGAUCAUUGUAUCUCCACAUGGUACUCGGAUAUCUCACCGGAAGAAAUUGAGAAGGUUUGUCCUGCAUGUCGUGGUAUUUGUAAUUGCAAGGCGUGCUUACGAGGGGAUAAUAUGGUCAAGGUAAGAAUACGGGAGAUACCUGUUUUAGACAAGUUGCAGUAUCUCUACUGCCUAUUAUCUUCCGUUCUUCCUGUAGUCAAGCAGAUCCAUCAAGAGCAAUGCUUUGAAGUAGAACUGGAGAAAAAGUUUCAUGGAACUGAUAUAGAUCUUGUCAGGGCCAAAUUGAAUGCGGAUGAGCAGAUGUGCUGCAACAUAUGUAGGAUACCCAUCAUUGAUUAUCAUCGGCAUUGUGGAAAUUGCCCGUAUGAUAUGUGUCUUCAUUGCUGUCAAGAUCUUCGGGAAGCAUCACUACAUGAUGCAGUAGAAGACCAAAUGGCCGGGGGAAGUCAAGACAAGGAGGCUGUGUCAAAGCAAGUGAAAGAUAUUAGAGCAAGACUUUGUAUAUCAGAUAAGUAUCCUGGCUGGAAAGCGAACCCUGAUGGUAGCAUUCCAUGCCCACCGAAGGAGUAUGGUGGCUGUAAUCACUCAUCACUGAAACUAAGUCGCAUUUUUAAGAUGAACUGGGUUGCGAAAUUGGUGAAAAAUGUGGAGGAAAUGGUCACUGGCUGUAAGGUCAGUAAUGCUAGCACUCUGUCUACGUCCGGGUUCAAUGAUUCCACACAGUGUUCUUACAGGGAGCACAGUGAUGACAAUAUCUUGUACUGUCCAUCAUCUGAAGAUCUAAAAGCUGAAGGGAUAAACAAAUUCAGAAAGCAUUGGGUCAAGGGCGAGCCUGUUAUUGUGAAGAAGUUAUUUGAUAGCUUAUCCAGUCCCAGCUGGAACCCAAGGGUUAUAUGGAAGGGAAUUCAGGAAACAUCCGAUGAGAAAAUGAAAGACAAGAACCGAGUUGUAAAGGCAAUAGAUUUUUCAAACUGGUCUGAGGUUGAUAUUGAACUUGGUCAGUUUAUCGAAGGAUACUCAGAGGGAAGAAGGGGUGAAGAUGGUUCGCUACAGAUGUUGAAGUUGAAGGAUUGGCCUCCUCCUGGUGCUUCUGAAGAGUUCUUAUUAUAUCAGAGACCUGAUUUUAUCAGUAAACUGCCUCUACUGGAGUAUAUUCAUUCAAGGUUGGGUCUUCUGAAUGUGGCGGCAAAGUUGCCUCACUAUUCCUUACAGAAUGAUGCUGGACCCAAGAUUUAUAUCUCUUAUGGGACCAAUGAGGAACUUGGUAGAGGAGAUUCAGUGACCAAUCUCCAUAACAAAAUGCGUGACAUGGUAUAUCUGUUGGUUAAUAUGCAUGAAGUGAAGCCAAAAGGUUUCGAAGGGAAUGAUUCGCUUAACCAAGAUACAAUCUCGGGUGAGGGAAGGUUGCCCGAUCUAUUGCCUAGUGGGCAUGGUAUACAAAAUAAUACAAAGGUACCGGCAGAUAAGGUUGAGGUAAUGGAGGAGGAUCAAGGGGUUGAAAUUCCAACUCAAGUGGGAGAGAUUAAGAGAGUUGAUGAUCAAGAGGUUGAAGCUAACAACGGAAACAAUGACAUUGAGAGAAUAAAAGAUCAAAAAUUAAUGAAAGAAACUCGUCCAGGAGUACAUUGGGAUAUCUUCCGCCGGCAGGACGUUCCAAAAUUGGUUAAAUAUUUACAAAAACACACUAUGGAUUUUGGCAAGCCUGACAAUGUGACACAUUCUCUUUAUGAUGGAACAUCUUUCCUAUAUGGGCAUCACAUAAGCAAGCUAAAGGAAGAAUUUGGAGUUGAGCCAUGGUCAUUUGAACAGAAAUUGGGAGAAGCUGUCUUCGUUCCUGCAGGAUGCCCUUUCCAGAUGAGGAAUCUUCAGUCCACUGUUCUAUUGGCUCUUGAUUUCUUGUCACCUGAAAGUGUGGGAGAGGCUGCUAGGUUGGCUGAGGAAAUACGCUGUCUUCCAAAUGAUCAUGAAACAAAACUUCAAGUUUUGGAGGUCGGAAAGAUCUCUCUAUAUGCUGCUAGUUCAGCCAUUAAGGAAGUCCAAAAAUUAGUUCUUGAUCCCAAACUCAGUGCAGAGAUAGGAUUUGAGGAUCCUAAUCUAACUGCAGCAGUUUCUGAUAACUUGGAGAAGGUUUCUAAGCAAAGAGAGAUAAGUUGUUCUUGAAUCUAAUACAUAGUAAUUGUUAUUUAGAUAUAGGAAAAAUUAAUUGUCAAAAGCUCCCUUAUUUGGUGCUUGAUAGAACCAUUUAAAUGUAUAAAUAUGUUUAUAUGUAACAUUUUGUAAUCUCAACACAUUUGGAUUUGUAACUGUAUAAUAUUCAGCAUUUGUGCCUUCGUCUUAA